UUCCGGUCUAAACAAGUGAGUUUUAUCGUCUUUCUCUUCAUUUACUUGAUUGUCUAUUCAGUAUGUCGAUAUUCCCCUCUAUUAUAAAUGUCUUGAACAUUUUUUACAAGAGUUAUCAAUGCGCGUAUGAACAUGCGUGCACUUAGUUCAGUGUCCUUUGAAAAUGUUUUUCUAUGGGUGCUUUUCUCAUUCAUCACGCGUCCUCUUUUCUGAAUGAUCUCUCUGCAAAAAAAAAACUCCAUCUACGCCGCUGUGAUAUCACUCGACUUGUUAAAAGAAUGUCUCUAUUUGCCCAUCAUGGAUUUCCUGUGAUAUGUUUUUUUUUACUCUUCACAGUGUCUCUUUCUUUCUCUCUUUUCAAAGUCGGGUUUUUCGAGGGGGUUUUGACAUCACAUCAUGCCAUCGAAUAGAGCGAUGAAAGAAGAGCCAUGUUACGGGAAAAGAAAUCCGUUGGCCACGGGCUCUCAGGGCAAUUUUUAUUCAACUUGUAAAAAAACCCGAUCUGCAUGAAUUGAACGGAAAUUUCGUGACUCGAGGCAAAACUCACAGGUGGCUUAUCUUUCUCUUUUAUUUUCGAAAAAGUGAAU